AUGAAUCGUUUAAAAGACCAAGAAGGCUUUUUGUUUAUCGAAGAAGAAGCGAUUGUAGUGAAGAAAGUCGAAUUGGCUGUUUCCGACUCAUUCGAUGAGCAAAUUCAUGUCCUCUCGGAUCCGUCAUGCAAUUCGAGACACUUUAAUCAAACCGGCUUGAACUGUAUCUCGCUCAAUUGGGUGGAUGAAAUGCGCGAAAGCGGGCGCAUUCCGGAUUCUUGUCCUUCCACGAUUGAAGUUCUCGUCACAACUGCGAACGAAAGAGGAGCCAGGAUCAUUGGGUCCGCUCUCUGUCUCGACAGAGCUCCCAAUUCAGUAAGCUUCGACGGACCAAUCUGCUGUUCAUCAAUGUCCAAUGGAUCUGCCUUUUUCAUACCCCUACUCUCACUGCAAAGCGCACUAUGCGUUGCCAAAUCUGACCCAUCGAGAAAACCGCCAAAAAUACCAGAGAGCAUAAUCGACAAACUGAAACUCGUCCUUUCAAAGCCUCCAACUUAUUUAUUACCAGCGAAUGAAGCUUCUCUCUCUCUACACAGGAGCUGCUUUGCCUUCUGCGGAACUGACAACGGCUUUGGAGCAUUUGGCGCUCGUAGAGCAAAAGAAGUGCUUUUGGAUUCGGUCGAGGAUGAGGUCGAUGAUUUCUUUACCGAUGGUGCAUUCGCCGCUGAUAGACCAGCAGAAGAGCUUUCGGAUUCGGUCGAGGACGAGGUCGAUGAUUUCUUUACCGAUGGUGCAUUCGCCGCUGAUAGAGCAGCAGAAGAGCUUUCGGAUUCGGUCGAGGACGCGGUCGUUGUUGGAACAGGCACCAGAUCAACAAGUUCUUCAUUCAUCAAAAACGAAGGCACUGUACGACCUAUAGAAGACGAAGAGCCAGCGAAGUACUCGCAAAAGACCUGCAAAUCUACUAAAGAAUGGAACUUCUGCCAAAAGAAUAACGCGCCAAAUGUAGAUCUUCAAAGUCUGUCUGAAAGUAUGUCCGAAUCGCAGUUUCGCCGGCUCCCUCCGCUCGAGUCCCCAGCAAGUGGCAGAAAGUAUCAACCAGACACGACCAUUCGUCUAACCAUAAGCAACGUGGCGACCAUGUGCGAAACGCUCCUGCGCCAGCGAGAAGACCAGAUCAGAGAAGAAUACGACAAAAUUCUAGCGGAGAAACUCAAGAUCAGCCCGACCCUCAAAAAGCCCAACCCGAAUGUAAGUAUCGUUAUGGCGGACGAAGACAAACUUGCUAGCUUGUGGAAGUCUUUCCGAAUGCUCAAGCGAAACUACAACGAGAUGAGGAAUGAAACCGACAAGGAUCUUUCGACUUUACGAGAUGACAUCACGCGCUCAAAGCGUCAAAUGCACGCUGCUUGCUUGAAUCUCAACGCAAAGUUGCGCACUGCAGAGCCACGACAAUCACUCGAUCGAAUGUCCGACGAGAAGAGUCAGGUGGAACAGCAACUUCGCGAAAAGGUUUCCGAACUGAUCGAACUCCAGGACGAUUUUGAGAAGGAACGCGCCGCAUUGAAGAGUACAAUCGCUACGAUGCAGGGAGAGCUUGAAUCUACUCGAGAUUCUCUCCGAUCAGAGCGAGAAAACUCUACUGCCAAGGCUGAUCUCUCCGCGCUCAACAUGUCUGAAAUCAACCCUGCUGGCUUCGAAGAUCUCCAAGAGCAAAAAGCCCAGCUUGAACAAGCACUUCGAGACAUUGCUAACUGCGUUAUUGCUGACACUGAGUUGUCGGUUGCCAUUCCCGAAGCGGAAUCACUCCGAGGAGAUGGCGCACGAUCGCCAACCAGAUCCACGUCGCCUAGCCGACGAUCUCGCCGACUCAGAUCACCAGGAAGAGCCGUCAGCCCUACCUUCGCGAUGACAACUUACGACGCUACAAAGAGCAAACUCGACGAGACUAUCACUGAAAACAACGAUGCCAAGCGCGAGAUCACCAGAAAGCUUGCCUCUGCUGAAACCGCCCAGGCUGAGAAAGACGGACUCAACCGAACGCGCAACAAUCUCCAAGCUCAACUCGAGGGUGCCCAAGUCGACAUUGAAAAACUCCGAAGCAAGAUCGCUGAGCUUUCUUCACAGAAAGAAUCGGCCGAGGAGGAUCGAGAAGAACUGCAGGCGCUGCUGAAACGAAGGGAUGAGGAUGACAAGCGCUCUCAGCGAAAUAUAGAGCUUCUGGAACAACGAGGCUCGUCUCUAAAAGAAGAGCUCAUUGCCAUCCGAGAGCAACUCAAGAAAUCAGAGCUCGAACGGGACGUUGCUGACCAGGAGCGACAUGAAACAAGCGAAGCUCUUCAACGAGCCGAAUGUGCUCUUAACGAGACCGAGCUCAAACUCAACCAUCUCAGAACGGAAGAAGCAGGCUCUCGCGAACAACUCGCUAAGUUUGCCGCGCUUAAUGAAGGACUCGCUGCUGACAAGACGGAGGAACAGUCCGAGCUCGGUCUCCACAUUCGAUCGAUCAAGGGCUCGGCAGUUUUCUGGUACAAUUUAUUGCCAAAUGGCUCUGGCGAUGAAAGAACCCGGCACGCCGCCUGUCCCGUUCUAAGGGGCCUCUUAAACGAUCCCCUGAUCGACAAAGAAGAUCUCGAAGUGACUCCCGAGGAUCUAACCGCGGAUCUCGACGAAGCCGAUCUGCUUCUCCAUCCAAGUGCCGAAAGCAGCGACACUUUGGCGAUCGAAACAAUCCCAACAAAUCUCAAUGCUUAG